AUGUGUUCCUCCCCCAUUGGAUUCAAGUUGGGGCUUUCCAUCGACAGACUGCUCAAUAUCCCGUGGCUUGCAACGACCUUCGCCGUCCUCAUCGCCCUCCUCGUACUUGAACAAACGUUUUACCGUCUUAAAAAGCGGCACCUGCCUGGACCUGCAUGGACAAUCCCGCUCAUUGGGCGCUUCGCGGACUCGGUGCACCCAACCAUGGAGAACUACCGGAAAGGAUGGGACUCUGGGCCAUUGAGCGUUGCCAGCGUAUUCAAUAUAUUCAUCGUUAUGGCUUCAUCGAACGAGUACGCCCGCAAGAUCAUGAACUCACCGCUGCAAGUCGAGCCGUGUCUCGUCCACUCUGCCAAGUCGAUUCUACUGCCGGAAAACUGGAUAUUUCUCAACGGCAAAACACAUGUCGAGUUUCGCCGAGGUCUGACAGCACUCUUUACGCGGAAAGCCCUCGGAAUAUACGUUGCUAUACAAGACAAAACCACCCGCGCCCAUUUCGCCCAGUGGUCACAAGAGUUCAGUAGCGCUAAGCCUAUCAUGUGGAAUGCGCGGCAUCUCAAUAUGGCCACCUCCCUUCGCGUUUUUUGCGGGUCGCACAUCCCCGACGAAGCGACCCGCGAAAUUGGUGACACAUAUUGGCACAUCACAAAAGCACUCCAGCUUGUCAACUUCCCUUUCGCAUUUCCGGGGACCAACGUCUACAACGCUAUCCAGUCCCGCAAGGUGGCAAUGAGAUGGCUGACGCUGGCGGCGCAUAGGAGCAAACUGGCAAUGCUCAACGCUGACAGUGCAGAGCCUACGUGUUUGCUCGACCAAUGGGUGCGGGUGCUGGCUGACCCCGCCUAUAAAGGUCGCAAGGACUUUACCGACGAGGAGAUGGCCUUAGUGGUCUUCUCAUUCCUGUUUGCGUCGCAGGACGCUAUGAGCAGCGGGCUCAUCUACGGCUUCCAGCAUCUCGUUGACCACCCUGCUGUCCUCGACAAAGUUCGAGAUGAACAAGACCGAGUGAGGAAGGGAAAUUACGAAACCCCGCUCACAAUCGAAAUGCUCGACGACAUGCCCUAUCUCCGCGCAGUGGUCAAGGAAAGUCUACGUCUCCAACCGCCAGUCUUGAUGGUCCCCUACAAAGCGACCAAGGACUUUAAAAUUGCCGACGAUUACACUGUCCCAAGUGGAAGUAUGCUCAUUCCAUCGUUCUACAAUUCCCUUCACGAGUCAUCCGUGUACCCAAUGCCCUUCUCGUUUGUCCCGGACCGCUGGCUUGACCCAGAUGGCGUCGCCAACCAGAACCCGAAGAACUACAUGGUCUGGGGCUCCGGGCCCCACAAAUGCAUCGGGCUUGAGUAUGCGAUGAUGAAUAUGGCUAUCGUCUUGGGCCUUGCGGCGUCGACGUUUGACUGGGAGCAUGAACGGACACCGAACUCGGAUAAGAUCGAUAUCAUUGCGACAUGCUUCCCUCGUGAUGGGUGCAGGUUGAAGCUAACUCCACGGAAGGUAGCAUAG